GCCUUACAGCUUCAACCUGGUAACAGGAACUGCCUUGUUGCUCGUUCAAAAUGCUACUUGAGACUUGGAGAUACAGAAAAUGCCCUGAAGGAUGCAGAAGCCUCUCUGGCUACUGACAAAGAAUUUACUAAGGGACUGUAUCAAAAAGCAGAAGCCUUGUACACCAUGGGCGAUUUUGAAUUUGCUUUGGUCUUCUAUCAUCGGGGGCACAAGCUCCGCCCUGAGUUGCAGAAAUUCAGGCUAGGCAUUCAGAAGUCCAAGGAAGCAAUUGAAAAUUCAGUUGGAAGCCCAUCUUCCGUGAAACUGGAGAAUAGAGCGGACCUCUACUUUCUGAGUCGCCAGGCAGAGAGUAAAAGAGCAAAACAGAAGCUCCACAUCAAAAAGGAUGCAAAGUACCAAAGUAAACAACAGGCACCUGUGAGGAAUGAGAAGAUGGAACGGCAGCUCCUGGGAGAGCUCUAUGUUGACAAGGCUUUUCUGGAAAAGCUGCUCAAGGAUGAAGAGUUGAUCAAAAGUGUUACCAAGCAGGGAGUAACUGUUGGAGACCUACUCCAGGAAGGUCUUUCCUACCUGGACACUCGCACAGAUUUCUGGCAGCAGCAGAAACCUAUUUAUGCCCGAAUCAGAGAUCGCAAGCUUAUGUUGAAAAGAUGGGCCCGAGAUCAAAAGAGGAAGCCCUCUGAGGUGGCAAGAUACAUACUAAAGAGCAUGGAGGACAUUGAUAUGCUGCUGACCAGUGGCUGCCCUGAAAGAAGUUGCCAGAAAGCUGAGCAUGUACUGAAAAAAAUCCAGGGCUGGUCUGAUGAUGAGAUCCCCAACAGGAGUGAGCUGGUUGGAAAUCUUUACAGUUGCAUUGGAAAUGCUCAUAUUGAGAUGGGGAACAUGAUGGCAGCUUUGCAGAGCCACCGGCUGGAUCUAGAUAUUGCAAAAGAAAACAACCUGACUGAUGCCAUCUCCAGAGCCCUUGACAACAUUGGUCGGGUGUAUGCCCGUAUGGGCAGCUUUCAGGAAGCCAUUGACACCUGGGAGGAGAAGAUUCCUCUUGUGAAGAGUAACUUGGAGAAAACUUGGUUAUUCCAUGAAAUUGGCAGAUGCUACCUAGAACUCAACAAAGCAGCUGAGGCUCGAGACUAUGGUGAAAAGUCCUUGCAGUGUGCAGAGGAAGAGGGAGACAUUGAGUGGCAGCUUAACGGUGGUGUGUUGGUGGCACAAGCACAAGUGAAACUGGAGGACUUUCAGUCUGCAGUCACAUACUUUGAAAAGGCUCUAGAGAAGGCAAAACGUGUCCAUAAUGAUGCAGCUCAGCAGGCAAUUAUCAUUGCUCUGGAUGAAGCCAACAAAGGGUUCAUCAAAGAGUUGAAAGAAGAACAGAGACUUGAGAGGAUGCAUGAAUUGAAAGAAUUAGAAGAUGAAGAAGAGGAGGAAGAAGAAGAGUUGGAGGAAGAAGAGCCCAAAAGAGAUGCAGAUGAUAUACAAGAAAAGAAGGAAGCUGAGAAAACUGGGUCUGAAGGAAUGAAAGAGGUGGUAAACCAAGAGGGAGAAGAGGUGCUUUCAUCUGAGAAUGGGGAGAUGCAACAGAUGGAGGGAAGAGAAGAUCAAGAAGAAACUGAGAAGAAAGGAGAGACACAGGAAGAAUCUGGGAAAGAAUCUCAGGAAAAAGAGGAAUCUGACCCAGAAAAACUGAGUGAGGAAACUGAAGGAUAAGACUGGUGAAAGUUGCUCUCAGGGGCUCUUGGUUUGUAAUCCAGGAACUGUUUUUUGUGGUAAUCCAUUCUGCCUCACAAUA